GCCCCCAAAGCGCGGCUCGUGGAGUAGAAGGGGAGAGCGCGCCUCGACGUGAGGCAGAAACGGGCGAUUCGAAAAAAGGCUUUUUUUUUUAAAAAAAAUAUAUAUUUUGGGGGAACUUCAUUAUAUCACGCCCAAACGUAUCCAAAUCGGACCGCACCGCUGAAAGAAGGAAAAGGAGAACUAAUACGGAGGAGAAAGUUUUUGGCAGUUUUUCGUUUUGGGGGAUUUCACCGGGUUCUGCUAGUUGGCUAGCUGGUAGCUCGCUGGUUGGCUAGGGGGAGAUUGUUGCUGGCUAGCCGACCUGUUGUGCGUCGCUAGUUAGCUUAGCUAGCUGUCGUUUAUGGGUGGGUUUCACGCCGGGCCUGUUGAUUUAUUGGACUGAAGUAAAACUGGCCUGCUUCUGAGGACAAGCGAGCUUAAUCUGCCUCCCUGUCCCCACCCCUCCCCACUUAUCUCUCUCUCUCUGGCUGGCUGGCUGGCUAACUGCAGCUAGCUACAGCACUUAGCCUGGUAGCUAGCAGCGGCUAAGCCUGGUGGCGUCUUGGGCAAGGCAGUCUUACAACACAGCUACCUCUGGUGAGCGUCUUGUAACUUUCGUAUCGUCAAACUACCUACCAUUCAGCUAUCAGUUCUUCAAGAACAGCUUUCGUUCAUACCCUAACAAAGUGAACGAACGUCAAGAGGGCAAACGACGACGGAGCGAGCAAAACAAGCGUCAGAGGAUCUGCCAAACUGAGAUAUAAAGUCACAGACGUGACCAGCUGCCUGGAGUUAGCCAGCUAACAGUCUCUUGCUAGCGUUAGUUCUCUUGACAUCAGCGAAAAGCUCAGCAGCUUGUCAAAGGUGUCACAGGGCACCUACAAAGAUUACAUAGGCGUAGAGCUGUUUUAUACUCUUACACACCAGUUUACGACUGUACAUUGGGUACUUGAUACUAAAACAUUAUUUCUUAACGUGCUCGGAUAGGUAAUCCAUUGGCCUUAUAAAAGCUAACCUGUUUAGCUGUAAAGCUAAUCCACACUCCGUGAGGCUAAACCACCCGUAGGAAGGUGAAACCAUUGAGGUAUUUCAUCUGCUUCAUUUGUUUGACAAGUUUACGCACUAGACAUCGUCUAAUAACUUUUUGUGGCUAAAGCUAUAUGAUUGUCACACUGACUUGGACAUAUCGAAACUCGAGCCGAGCAACGGGCAUGCAAGUUAAUUAGAACUAGGCAAACGUUUCUCCAUUAGCGAGUUGGGAUUUUCAUUGAAUUUGGUGAAAGUUGUGCUUCUUUGUAUUUCUUGGCACUCCUGCUAAUUCCUCCCAGGGGAUUGGGACGUAUGUUUUCAGCCGUUCCAGUCCGUGUUAGAUUGCCACCUAGCUAAUUAAUUGCAACCACUAAGUACAGCGGUGGCUUGCUCCCUUGGCAGCAAGCGUUUUCAGUACUGCAAACCGUCCACUGCAUGGACUGAUAAGGAGAAGUUUAUUUAUAUUUUUGUACGUUUCAGUCCAGAAAUUAUAAAUAUAUAUAUCUAUAUAUAUAUAUAUACAUAUAGUUAGAAAUCAGGAUAUCACCGCCGUACAGCCAUGAGUAUUGAGAUACCAGUUGGUCUGACCGAGUUGCUGCAAGGCUACACCGUGGAGGUGCUACGCCAAAGGCCCCCGGACCUGGUGGAGUUUGCCGUGCAGUAUUUCACUCGUCUGAGGGAUACGAGGAGCCAAGAUGGGUCUGGGGCCACUGCCAAAUCCGGCGGCAAGGGGGUGAUGUUUGAUGGCGAGCCGAUGCAAACGGAAUCUAACGGAGACGAAGACGACGACGAGGACGACUCGGACUUCGAGCCCCCUCCCCCCAGCAGAUUUAACCGGAGAGUGUCGGUUUGUGCAGAGCCUUUAAAUCCUGAUGAUGAUGAGGAAGACUCUGAGCCAAGAGUCGUUCAUCCAAAAACAGACGAACAGAGAUGCAGGUUACAGGAGGCCUGCAAAGACAUACUACUGUUUAAAGCUCUUGACCAGGAGCAGUUUUCACAAGUGCUGGACGCCAUGUUUGAAGUGAUUGUGCAGCCCCAAGAACACGUAAUCAAGCAGGGAGAUGACGGGGAUAAUUUCUACGUCAUUGAGAGGGGAGUGUAUGAUAUUGUGGUGCAGAAGGACGGCGUAGGCUGCUGUGUUGGUCAAUAUGAUAAUAAGGGCAGCUUUGGAGAACUGGCGCUCAUGUACAACACACCCCGUGCUGCUACCAUCAUCGCUAAGCAGGAGGGAGCUCUGUGGGGACUGGACCGAGCAACAUUCCGUAGGCUCAUAGUGAAGAACAACGCGAAGAAGAGGAGGAUGUACGAGAGCUUCAUCGAGUCUGUUCCACUGCUCAAAUCUCUGGAGCUGUCUGAAAGGAUGAAGAUUGUUGAUGUUUUGGGAGUUAAGACUUUCCAGGAUGGAGAGAGAAUCAUCAUGCAGGGCGAUAUGGCAGACUGCUUUUACGUCGUGGAGUCUGGGGAGGUGAAGAUCAUGAUGAAGAGCAAAACGAAAGCAGACAGGCAGGAUAAUGCAGAGGUAGAAAUCACUCGCUGCACCAGAGGACAGUACUUUGGAGAGCUCGCUCUUGUCACCAAUAAACCACGGGCUGCCUCAGCUUACGCCAUCGGGGAUGUCAAGUGCUUGGUGAUUGAUGUGCAGGCGUUUGAGCGGUUGCUGGGCCCGUGUAAAGAGAUCAUGAAGAGGAACAUCGCUCACUAUGAGGAGCAGCUAGUGGCUCUGUUUGGCUCCAGCAUGGAUCUGAGAGACUGAGAGAGAGACUGGUCGUGCCUUACACACAAAUACGAA